CUGUUCAUCUCUGCCGUGAUGUAAUUGGCUGUGAAUCCACCCCACAGACCAACGGGUCUGUGUCCGGCACCUCGGGGAAAGAUAUGACGUCACAACCAGGCGAUUUCAAGUUCUCAUAUUCCGUAUGAAUAGUAAUCAUCUUCAUAUUCUUGAGCCGAGACUGUAAGAUCAGUUGACCAUGAAUAUCGACAUCCCGAAGCUGGUCAAGGCCGCCGUGCCGGAAUCCGAAGGACGCAACGCGCGCAUCGUCUCAGACAACUGGAACCGUCCCGUCCACAGAGACCCUAACUUCCUGUCCAAGGACUUCCCAAGAAGUCGACCAAAGCUAUACAUCAGUGCGGAAAGUGAAGAAUUCGACCAGCUUACGCUAGACGAGUGGCGCGACGAGAACUUUGACGUAGAGUACCUCACAAUGGGGAGCAGCGCGAAGGAGUACCGGGGCAAGCUCCGAUCAUUGAGCAAGAAUGACAUCGGUCCCUGCGAAACAUUUGGGAUUGUAGCAUACGGAGAUGCCGCAGCAGCCUGUCUGGAAUACUAUCACGUCAUGGACAAUAACCCAGAGUUCAAGCUGGGUCUGCUCAUUGCAUACUACCCGACGGCGAUUCCCGAUCCCAAGGGUCACUUUCCCAGCAGCAUUUCGGCUCUUGUUCAUCUCGCGGCAGGCGAGGAGAUUGGUGUCACGAAGCAGAGUCAGAUGGUCGGGAUCCAAGGUAAGCGACGCACGACCCGCAAGAAGGUGGAAAGCGGCAUGGGCAUCGGCGGAAUGUUGCAGCUGGCAUAUCCUACUUACACGUACGACGCGGAGCCUGGUUUUGCAGAGCACGAUCUGGAUGAGUACCACCAAGUUUCCGCUGAGUUGGCGUGGAGCCGCAGCCUGGGUGCCGCGAGGAAGGCGUUCAACAAUCACAUUGACAUGGAAUUUGUGUUGGAGCAAAACGUACAGGGCAAGUUCUUCACUCGCAACCUAAGUCAAGCGCUGUCAUCAUAUACGACACACAAGACCCCUCACGUCACUCACAUCCCGACAUUGACGGGAGGUGUCGGAGCGCAAGAGCUUGAAACCUUUUACAAGCAAUUCUUCAGCAACCCCCCAUCAAUGAAACUCACGCUUAUUUCCCGCACUAUCGGGACUGAUCGUGUCGUUGAUGAAGUCCACGUCCGUUUCAAGCAUACGGAAGAGAUGCCAUGGAUCUUACCGGGCGUCCCGGCAAUGAAUAAGCGGGUCGAGGUGCUUGUUGUCAGCAUCGUCGGGCUGAGAGGAGGCAAACUUUACCACGAGCAUGUGUAUUGGGAUCAAGCAAGCGUUUUGGUACAAGUUGGCUUGCUGGAUCCAAGGCUGGUGCCAGAAGUGGCGCGCAAGAAUGGCGUUCAGAGACUACCCGUUGUCGGUAGAGAGGCAGCGAGGAGGGUUCUGAGAGGGUGGGAUACGAAUGAAGGGGAAGCUGAUAAUGACCUUGUGCCGGGUUGGAAUGAAGAUAUUGUUGGGGAUGAAAAGACAUGUAAAGGCGAGCAAGAUAGUGGAGAGACGGCGAAGCAUAAAGAAUCUCAGAAGGAGGAAGGUUCAGCAAGGAAGACUGUCUCGGAAAGGCCAAAGGCUACCAAAUGAAUUUCAACUAUUAUUGCAUCCUCCUUUGCAUGCAGAAUUUGACGUAUCAAUUGAACUUUAUUACCACC